CACGGGCGGCGGGAACGCAGGCAACGGCACCCGCAACGGCGGUGGUGGCACGGGCGGCGGCAACGCAGGCAACGGCACCCGCAACGGCGGUGGUGGCACGGGCGGCGGCAACGCAGGCAACGGCACCCGCAACGGCGGUGGUGGCACGGGCGGCGGCAACGCAGGCAACGGCACUCGCAACGGCGGUGGCGGCACGGGCGGCGGCAACGGCACUCGCAACGGUGGCGGCAACUCCACCACUCCCCCAGUCAAGGGCGGCGCCCCGGCAGGCCUGACGGCCUCGAGCGCAGGCGGCUUCGUCACAGUCGCCGGCCUCGGUGUCGCAUUCGCUCUCUUCAUGUAA